AUGAAGCAACGACAGCGGAAACAAUUCGGUUCAGCAGGAAAUCUUGCCAUAAGAGGUAUAGGUUAUAUGGGUUUCGAUAACACAUCAUGCCAUAGGCUACAAAAUGUUCCAUCAUCAGAAACAGCGAUGCCACAAAGAGCAGCAGCCCGUCGGAUAACACCCACAUCUACAAUCACAACAACAAAAACGACACUUCGAAAAAGUGGCAGCAUUGGAAAUAUCCGCAAUGUGGUCACUUCUUCUACACCAUCCAUUAAAACCAUUCCAAAAGAAACGAAAGAAUGUCCUUAUCGGCAAAGUGAUGUUAAUCAAUCAGCAACGCAUUUACAAGAACAAUACACAAGACAACUGCAACAACAAAUUUAUCUUUUAGAGCUUGAAAAUAAUUACUUGAAGCAUAGUGCCGGAAAAGUAUCUCGAAAAAACGAUGAAAAUGAUGAUUCAUAUCGCAGUGAUACUUCACUGCUUCCAAAUUUGCCCAUAAAUAUAGAUGUAUCACAGGAACGAGAAUCAUUUCCAGCUGAUAUUCCGACUGAUGAUAAGGAGAAGUCGUGGAGAGUAAGAAAGAGAGUUUCAUAUGCUGAACCUGAG